AUGUCCGACCAGAUUAAUCUUCAGUCGCCCAGCGACAAGAAAGGAGCGAACGACGCGCUCGAUGAAACACGCGACUUCUGGAUCUUAGCCAACCCCCACCAGGGAGUUGACCUCCCGGAAAUUGGAACCUUCAAGCUCCCCAGGAUGGUGAUCCCCCUCCGUGGACCAUCCGAUCUCGAAGACUGGGAUAUGGCAGUGCGAGAACUUCUUGUGCGAUACUCACUCCACAAUCUGGUAGACUCGAAUAUGCUCCGACCCAAAUGGAACGACGCUACCUCUCUCAAGUGGCAGACCCAGUCUCGCCUGGUCCGAGAUUGGCUACAUGAAAACAUAGUGCCGUACAUGCUGAAACACAUUCUGAAACGCAACCCGCGUAUGGAAUUCGCUGAUGAGUUCAUGGAAGAUCUACAAAAAGCUGUCAUUGAUUUCGGAAUCAAGUGGGAUAAUGAAGCACUCAUGGAAGUGCUCCGUUUCAAACGCUCAGAUUGCCUUAGUGCCAAGAUGUUCAUCGAUUCGCUUGAUAUGAUGUACCGGAGUCUGUGGGUGACCGUUCCUGCGCACAUCAUCAUUGCCAUUUUGUUGAAAGAGGUCCAUGACGAUAUGCCUAGUCGCACAACUAUGGUCUUGAAGGAUAUUGGGACGCGGAAAAGCCCAUGGGAUACGCUGAUCAAGAAAGAUUUUGAAAAUAUUCGGGAUUUUCUUGUUCAUGGUCUGGGAUGA